GACUUUAAUGCCCAACUGAUUCCCUUGCAUUAUCUAAAGACUUUUGGCUUUUCGCAUUUGUCAAUUUUGUGCAUAAUUUUUGUAGAUUAUUGGUUUAUCUUGGCAAAAUGAAUCGAAAAUCAAAUAUUUCUUAAAAUAUCCAAGAUAAAGCACAAAAAGCCGGAUCUACAAAAGUUAGACGCAAAACUAACAAGCACGAAAGAAUUUGAAUAAGGACAAAAUAAAAAAAAGUCCAAAAUAACCCGAAAAGCCCUCAGCGGAAUUCAGCCUCUGUAGUAGUAGGGAAAGUCAAUGCAGCCUUGUCUAUAUAUUCAACUAACACAGAACCAAAAGGCAAAGCCACACAAGUGACUGCGUUUUGCUCAAAUUGAUCUGGAAAUGGCUGCAAAUAAAGGGGUUGUGGAGGAUGAAGAAAGCUAUGGGGGAAGUAGAAUCCAACCCCUCUCCUCCACGCCAGUAUCGGGCCACUGGAGACCUGAGGAAGGGAAGCAGAAAAUACCCAUUUCGUUGAGUGAGAGGUUGGGCUUGGAGGACUUCUUCUCCUUGGAUGUAUGGAGAGCAUCAAUGGGGGAGCUCCUUGGCACGGCGGUUCUCGUCUUCAUGAUCGACACCAUAGUCAUCUCCACCUACGAGAUGGAGACCAAAACCCCGAACCUCAUAAUGUCGGCCCUCAUAGCCCUCACGGUCACCGUCCUCCUCCUCGCGGUGGCCCCGGUCUCCGGCGGCCACAUCAACCCCAUCAUCUCCUUCUCCGCGGCCCUCGUGGGCCUCAUCUCCCUCUCCCGCGCCGCGAUCUACAUCGCGGCCCAGUGUCUUGGGGCCAUGCUCGGAGCCCUGGCGCUCCGGGCCGUGGCGAGCAGCGCCAUCGAGCAAACCUUCUCGCUCGGGGGCUGCACUCUCACGGUUGUUGCGCCGGGCCCGCACGGGACCGUUACGAUUGGCCUCGAGACGGGCCGGGCCCUGUGGCUCGAGAUAAUAUGCACCUUUGUGUUCCUUUUCGCUUCGAUUUGGAUGGCUUUUGAUGGGCGGCAGAUGAAGAAGUUGGGCCAUGUUCUUGUUUUCACUGUUAUUGGGCUUGUGUUGGGCCUUUUGGUUUUCAUUUCAACUACAAUAACAGCAACAAAGGGCUACGCUGGAGCUGGGAUAAACCCGGCAAGAUGUUUGGGCCCGGCAAUCGUGAGACAGGGCCAUCUUUGGAACGGACAUUGGGUCUUUUGGGCCGGCCCGGCCAUAGGUUGUGUGGCCUUCUACUUGUACACAAAGAUCAUCCCACAUCAUGCCAAUGGGUACAAACAUGACUUCUUCAACCUUUUGAAGGCUCUGUGUGUGUGAAAACUAUGAUAUGUGUUGUAAUAUAAUAGCAACAAGUUGGGGUAAAUGGUAUGUAUGCCGAAAUCCGAUCGAGCCAAAACGAAUUAACGUGUUCGGUUUGAAUUGGGCAGUGGAUCGAGGAGCAUAUGUGUCUACUUUCCGAUUGUGUGUACUUGCACAAUUGUUACGUAUUAUGUCGAGAUGUUAUUUAGGAUGUGUUUGAAUGUACUGUUUUGAUAAA